AUGUCGUCCGCAAAUCGUGGUGCUGGUCCUAGCAACAGGAACAAUAAGCGUGCGAGAGAUGAUGAAGACAUCUCUUCCCCGGCGGCGCGUCCGCCAUCCAGCCCAAUGGCCUCGUCGCCUCCUAUGCUUCCCCAAGACGAAGAUGCAGACAUGCUCGACGAAGACGACGUCAUUCGCGAUGUAGACGAUUUGGACGAAGACGCCGAAGAGGCUGAGGGCAUCGACCUCUUUGCAGACAACUUCGAGAACGACUAUGCAUCACGUGAGAACGAUGCCUACGAAGGCCAGGGCAUCGACGAUGAAGGCGAUUACGAAGAAAUGAGUCUUGCGCAAAGGCGAGAGCUCGAUGCACGUCUCAACGCCCGUGAUAGGGAAGCAAGACGCCGUAUGCCGGCUGCCUUUUUGCCAGAUGAAGAUGAGCAAGAUGGGUUGGCAGGCCUAAUGGGACGCCGCCGUGUCCGGAGACAUCGAUACGACGAGGAAGAUGACAUGGACAUGGGCGAUGAUAUCAUGAACGAGGAAUUGACACUUGAGGCGCUCACCGACGUAAAAGCCAACACAUUGACCGAUUGGGUUGCUCAACCGCAAGUCGCCAGGACAAUUGCGCGAGAAUUCAAAUCUUUCUUGACCGAAUACACAGAUGAGCAAGGACACUCAGUGUACGGAGCCCGUAUUCGAACAUUGGGUGAGAUAAACGCCGAGUCUUUAGAGGUCUCGUUCGACCAUCUUGCCGAACAGAAAGCCACGCUAGCAUACUGGCUAGCCAACACCCCAACUGAGAUGCUGAAGAUCUUCGACCAGGUGGCUAUGGAAGUUGCCCUGCUUCAUUACCCCGACUAUGAGCGUAUUCAUUCCGAAAUCCACGUCCGCAUCACCGAUGUACCUGUUCAAUACACCCUCCGUCAGCUUCGUCAGACGCAUCUGAACAGUCUGGUCCGCGUUAGUGGAGUCGUUACCCGCCGUAGUGGAGUCUUCCCUCAACUCAAGUACGUCAAAUUCGACUGUACCAAGUGCGGUGUCACUCUUGGCCCAUUCCACCAGGAUUCCAAUGUUGAGGUGAAAAUCUCCUUCUGUCAGAACUGCCAGUCGCGCGGUCCCUUCACAGUCAACUCUGAGCGGACAGUGUACCGCAAUUACCAAAAACUCACGCUACAAGAAUCUCCAGGUACUGUCCCGGCCGGUCGGUUGCCUCGUCAUCGCGAGGUCAUUCUUCUAUGGGAUCUCAUCGAUUCGGCGAAACCCGGUGAGGAGAUUGAGGUCACCGGUAUUUACCGUAACAACUACGAUGCUGCCUUGAACAACAAGAACGGAUUUCCUGUCUUUGCAACCAUCCUUGAGGCAAACUACAUUGUCAAGUCGCACGAUCAGCUGGCGGGCUUCCGUUUGACAGAGGAUGACGAGAAGGAAAUCAGACGGUUGUCAAAGGACCCUCGCAUUGUAGACAAAAUCAUCAACUCGAUCGCCCCUAGCAUCUACGGACAUACCGACAUCAAGACUGCCGUGGCGCUUUCACUCUUCGGGGGUGUUAGCAAGGAGGCACCUGGUCGUCAUUCUAUCCGUGGUGAUAUCAACGUUCUGCUCCUUGGAGAUCCCGGUACUGCCAAGUCUCAGAUCUUGAAGUACGUUGAGAAGACCGCCCAUCGCGCAGUCUUUGCUACUGGUCAGGGUGCUUCCGCGGUUGGUCUUACAGCUUCUGUCCGUCGUGACCCCAUGACGAGCGAGUGGACCCUUGAGGGAGGUGCAUUAGUGCUUGCGGACAAAGGCACCUGUCUCAUCGAUGAGUUCGACAAGAUGAACGAUCAGGACCGAACAUCCAUUCACGAGGCUAUGGAGCAACAAACUAUCUCUAUAUCUAAAGCUGGUAUUGUUACAACGCUCCAGGCGCGCUGUUCAAUCGUGGCUGCUGCCAACCCCAUCGGCGGUCGCUACAACUCCACCAUUCCCUUCUCUCAGAAUGUUGAGCUUACCGAGCCUAUCUUGUCUCGAUUUGAUAUUCUCUGUGUUGUACGCGAUACUGUCGAUCCAACGGAGGAUGAGCGCCUAGCCAAGUUCGUCGUGCACUCUCACGGUCGAGCGCAUCCGCUUGUCAACUCAGCAUACGGCUACUCUGAUAAGGCGAAGAAUGGCGAAAACGGCGAUGACCAGAUGGAAGUCGACGGAGAAGCCCCGAAAAAGGAGACCGAGAUUCCACAGGAACUUCUAAGGAAGUAUAUCCUCUAUGCUAGAGAGAAGUGCAGGCCCAAGCUGUACCAAAUCGAGCAAGACAAGAUCGCUCGUCUCUUCGCAGAUAUGCGACGAGAAUCCAUGGCAACUGGAGCUUACCCCAUUACAGUUCGUCAUCUUGAGGCCAUCUUGCGUAUCGCUGAAUCUUUCUGUAAGAUGCGCCUAUCCGAUUAUUGUGCAUCAGUGGACAUUGAUCGCGCUAUUGCUGUUGCCGUUGACUCGUUUGUUGGCUCUCAAAAGGUCAGCGCAAAGAAGGCAUUGGCAAGGGCUUUCGCCAAGUACACCCUUAAUAGACCUGGCGCUGUUCAAGCCCCUGCACGAGGAGGGCGGGCGCAAAGGACGGCAGCAUGA